AUGUUGGCUACCACGUACGCAGUAGUAUUCCGAGAGGAAAUCGAUCCAAAUUUUCCGCACACUAUGGAUUUGGCUGAGAAAUGUCCAUUGGUUAUGGUGAACUCGAAUGAGCUUUAUGAUCUACCAAGACCAACUCUAUCGAAGGUGGUGAAUAUUGGAGGAUUGGGUGUCGGCUUUGAUGAUGCCAAACCGCUGACAGGGGAAUCUGAGAAGAUAAUCAAUAGCGGAAAGGAACAGUCGUAUUCUCAUUCGGAUCGGUGGCUGCUGCCCACAAAAUGCCCGAAUUGUGGAAAAGCGCCCUUUUGGAAGCAUUUGCUGAAUUUGCAGACUAUCGAUUUGCGAUGA